AUGACCGUGAAUUACGAUCGUGAAGAAUUCCGUAAAUAUUUACAAGAAUCUGGAGCGGUUGAAGCUUUGUCCCGGACGUUUUUGAAGUUGUACGAACUGAAAGAAAAUCGGCCCAAGUCGUCCAUCAAAUUUAUUCAAGACCGCAUUACCGAUAGCGUUCCCAGCGUAACAGAGUACGCCAAACUGAAGGACGACCUAAAUGCAAUGGGUGUGAUACUGCGUGAACUGAAGACCAAGGGAAAAUUGGACCCAGCCCAUUUAACCGUAUUCGAUAAGAUCGGCACCAACUUUGACACACUAGAUUUUCUUGGUGAUAAGGGACAUCCACGACUUUCUGCUCGACAUAGUCAAAUAGCAGAAGGCCAUCAAUGGAAAAAGGAUUCGAAGAAAAUUGCGAGCACUCGAGAAGAUCAAAGCGACGACAUCAAAAUGUCUAAUAAGAUCAAGGCCUUUUUAAGCAAUCCCUCCCAUAAAUCUCUGUUACGCGCUCAUUUAAACGAUACAAUCUAUAACAACUACAAGAAAGUGACUGUUGGGUCUUCUGGCCACACAACUUCAUUCAUUGAUUGUAUUUGCAGUGGAUUAGAUUUCCCAGAGUCUGCGAUAGGUGUCUACGCAACAGACGCAGAGGCUUAUAACAAAUUUGAAGAUUUAUUUAAACCAAUUAUCAAAGCCUAUCAUGGAUACGACACGGCCAGUGAACGUCAUCCAGGUUUAGAUUGGGGUAAUCCAACAACUCUCGAUAACAUCGAUACAACAAGCACAUACAUUUGUUGGACCAGAAUACGUUGCGUUCGAAAUGUUGACAAGCAACCACUAGUCCCAAAGAUGAACGAAAAUGAACUCACGACAUUGUGCUCAAAUAUACAGCAGGUUUUCGAGAAGAACUUAACCGCUGACGAAAUUAAAGGCCACUGGUAUGGAUUGGAAACUGUGGACCCUGCAAAGAAAAAGGAAUUGAUCGACAAAAAUUAUAUUCUUGAGUUCGGUGAUAAAUUUCUCGAAUCAGUCGGAGCUACAGAACAUUGGCCGAAAGGUCGGGCUGUGUAUAUAAACGAUAAUGAAACGUUUUUCGUUUGGAUCAACGAGGAAGACCAUUUGAGAUUCAUUUCAAUGGAAAGUGGAAGCAAAAUCAGUGAUAUUUACGGACGAUUGGUACGGGCACUUGAAGCUGUUGCGAACGGGCUCACAUUCCAGAGAGAUGCAAACGAUACGCUCGGAUUCGUGUCUCUCUGUCCAACAAAUUUGGGUAAUACGAUCCGUGCAUCGGUGAUGGUCAAAUUGCCAAAGCUAAUAAAGCAAAUGGGUGCAAAGAAUAGCGAAUUGGACAAACUAAUCAACACUCACAAUUUUGAAAUUCGUCCUACAAAAUCCGACAAAGAAACAAUAGAAAUUUCAAACAAACGAAAAUUGGGAAUAACAGAAUUUGAUUCGAUUAAGAAGUUUUGGGCUGGAAUUAAAGAAAUAAUAGAGAAGGAGAAGACUUCAUAA